AUGUUUAUGCUUUUGUUUAUUACAUUAACGCUUUCUAAAUCUUAUGACUGUGGAACAGAUGUCGAUUGCACAAUGAAUGGCGUAACAUUAAUUGUAAGUGGAAGAUGGGUUCGAAAAUAUAGAAGAGAUUAUAAUAGAAGAAGGAGUUACAUACAUUGGGAGGAUUCAUUUUCAAAUUGUAAAUUCUUAACAAAAAUUGCUAUUUCCACUUCAGUUACAUCCAUUGGUAAUUCUGCAUUUUAUUCAUGUACGUCAUUAUCAUCUAUUGACAUUAGCAACAACAUCAUUUCUAUUGGUGACUAUGCAUUUGAACCCUGUACAUCUUUAACAAAAGUUAAUAUUGGAAAUAGUGUUUCAACAAUUGGUGAAUAUGCUUUUUAUAAUUGUAUGUCAUUAACAUCAAUAGAUGUGGACACAUCAAAUCCAUCAUAUUCAUCUCUUGAUGGAGUAUUAUAUAAUAAAGACAAGACAUUAUUAAUUCAAUAUCCAAUUGGAAAUUCAAGAACAUCAUAUUCUAUCCCUCCUUCUGUUACAGUAAUUGGUGAAAGUGCAUUUUGGCAUUGUACAUCAUUAACGUCAAUAAACAUUCCAGAUUCUGUUACUGAAAUUGAUGAUUUUGCAUUUGAAUCAUGCAUAACAUUAACAUGUGUAUCAUAUGAAGGAACAAAAGAAAUAACAAAUAUAGGGAAAGAAAUAUUUGGAUUUUCAAGUAUAAAUUCAAUACAUGUACCAGACAAUUAUGAAAAGGACACAUUUGCAACUUAUAAAAUAAUAAAAGAUAAUAAGAUAUGUGAUAAAGAUAACACAGAUGGAGCAGAACCAAAAAUGAUAACGACUAUAAUAGCUUGCUUAUUGGUUCUAAUUAUUUUCUAA